UGCUUUUGAGUUGCAAAUUUUCGGGGGCUGGCAGCCGCGGGCAGCCUGCGCUGCGGUGGGCUGGGACUGGAUUGCCAUCUCCUCCGGCACUAGUUAGCACCGGCCCUGUGAUCUGGGAGGGGGUGGGAGGGAGGAGGAGAUGCUGCGAGCGGAGUUCUUGAAGCGCCACUUCUCCGGGGACGCGGAGCGGCGAGGGAGCUGGUGCUGAGCCGGGCGUGUCAAUGGGAAGGAUCCCGGGAGCUGGCUAGUCCCCGCUCCUCCCGGAGCAGCCGCUGCUCCCGCCGCCGAGAUGCGCCCAGCCUUCGCCUGCAUCGCGCUGCAUGUUUUAAUGCAUUAUUGAAACGACAAACACACCUACAGUGGUUUCCUGUUGACAUAUCCCAUAUUUUGAAAGCUUGAGGUAUUUUAUCAUGAAACAUGCCUGGUGGAAAAUUUGAAGCAUAGGAUUCUGCCAAACACCCGAAUAAAGAAUUUCUCACCUCACCACCACCAUGACCAACCAGGAGAAGUGGGCCCACCUGAGCCCCUCAGAAUUUUCUCAACUUCAGAAAUAUGCUGAGUAUUCUACAAAGAAAUUAAAAGAUGUUCUUGAAGAAUUCCAUGGUAAUGGUGUACUUGCAAAGUAUAAUCCGGAAGGGAAACAAGACAUUCUUAACCAAACAAUCGAUUUUGAAGGUUUCAAGCUAUUUAUGAAGACAUUCCUGGAGGCUGAGCUUCCCGAAGACUUCACAGCACACCUUUUCAUGUCAUUUAGCAACAGGUUUCCUCACGCCAGCCCCAUGGUCAAAAGUAAGCCUGCUCUCCUUUCAGGUGGCCUGAGAAUGAAUAAAGGUGCCAUCACCCCUCCUCGCACUUCACCCGCAAACACGUGUUCCCCAGAAGUAAUCCAUCUGAAGGACAUUGUCUGUUACCUGUCGCUCCUGGAAAGAGGAAGACCUGAGGAUAAGCUCGAGUUUAUGUUCCGCCUCUAUGACACGGAUGGGAAUGGCUUCCUGGACAGCUCGGAACUAGAAAACAUCAUCAGCCAGAUGAUGCAUGUGGCAGAGUACCUUGAAUGGGACGUCACUGAACUUAAUCCAAUCCUUCAUGAAAUGAUGGAAGAAAUUGACUACGAUCAUGAUGGGACUGUUUCUUUGGAGGAAUGGAUCCAAGGGGGAAUGACCACAAUCCCACUCCUUGUGCUCCUAGGCUUGGAAAACAACGUGAAAGAUGAUGGCCAGCAUGUGUGGAGGCUCAAGCACUUUAACAAACCUGCCUACUGCAACCUCUGCCUGAACAUGCUGAUCGGGGUGGGCAAGCAGGGCCUUUGCUGCUCCUUUUGUAAGUACACAGUGCACGAGCGCUGCGUGGCUAGAGCGCCUCCUUCCUGCAUCAAGACCUAUGUGAAGUCCAAGAAGAACACUGAUGUCAUGCACCAUUACUGGGUUGAAGGCAACUGCCCAACCAAGUGUGAUAAGUGCCAUAAAACUGUCAAAUGUUACCAGGGCCUGACAGGACUGCAUUGUGUUUGGUGUCAUAUCACACUGCAUAAUAAAUGUGCUUCUCAUCUAAAACCUGAAUGUGACUGCGGACCUUUGAAGGACCAUAUUCUACCACCCACAACAAUCUGUCCCGUGGUACUGAAUCUGCCCACGUCAGGAGUUUCAGUCCCUGAGGAAAGACAAGCAACAGUGAAAAAGGAAAAAGUUGGUUCCCAGCAGCCAAACAAAGUGACUGACAAGAACAAAAUGCAAAGAGCCAAUUCAGUCACUGUGGAUGGACAAGGCCUGCAGAUUACUCCCGUUCCUGGCACUCAUCCGCUUUUAGUUUUUGUAAACCCCAAAAGUGGUGGGAAGCAAGGAGAACGAAUUUACAGAAAAUUCCAAUAUCUACUAAAUCCUCGUCAGGUUUACAGUCUUGCUGGAAAUGGACCAAUGCCAGGGUUGAACUUUUUCCGUGAUGUUUCUGACUUCAGAGUGUUAGCCUGCGGUGGAGAUGGAACCGUGGGGUGGAUUUUGGACUGCAUAGAAAAAGCUAAUGUAGCCAAGCAUCCUCCAGUUGCCAUUCUGCCCCUCGGGACCGGUAAUGAUCUAGCAAGAUGCCUGCGAUGGGGAGGAGGUUAUGAAGGUGAAAAUCUGAUGAAAAUCCUAAAAGACAUUGAAAACAGCACAGAAAUCUUGUUAGACAGGUGGAUGUUUGAGGUCAUACCUAAUGACAAAGAUGAAAAAGGAGACCCAGUGCCUUACAGUAUCAUCAAUAACUACUUUUCCAUUGGCGUGGAUGCCUCCAUUGCACACAGAUUCCACAUCAUGAGAGAAAAACACCCGGAGAAAUUCAACAGUAGAAUGAAGAACAAAUUUUGGUAUUUUGAGUUUGGAACAUCUGAAACUUUCUCAGCAACCUGCAAGAAGCUACAUGAAUCUGUAGAAAUAGAAUGUGAUGGAGUUCAGAUAGAUUUAAUAAACAUCUCUCUGGAAGGAAUUGCUAUCUUGAAUAUACCAAGCAUGCAUGGAGGAUCCAAUCUUUGGGGAGAGUCUAAGAAAAGAAGAAGCCAUCGUCGGAUAGAGAAGAAAGGAUCUGACAAAAGGACCACACUCACAGAUGCCAAAGAGUUGAAGUUUGCAAGUCAAGAUCUGAGUGAUCAGCUGCUGGAGGUGGUUGGCUUGGAAGGAGCCAUGGAGAUGGGGCAAAUAUACACAGGACUGAAAAGUGCUGGGAGGCGGCUGGCUCAGUGCUCCUCUGUGGUCAUCAGGACUAGCAAGUCUUUGCCAAUGCAGAUCGAUGGGGAACCAUGGAUGCAGACCCCAUGCACAAUAAAAAUUACACACAAGAACCAAGCCCCAAUGCUGAUGGGCCCUCCUCCAAAAACUGGGUUGUUCUGCUCCCUCGUCCAAAGAACAAGAAACCGAAGCAAGGAAUAAUCCCUGUGUCAUUUCAUUCUUAGAGAUCUAAUUAUCAUAAUUGGGCCAUGGAAAACUUAUGCUGGAAAUCUUUGAAUCCUUUCAAGUCUCCUACUCAUGCAAACUCAUGGAAUUGGUUUAACGGUUUCUGUUACUGAGUUCAUGUAAAAUUCAUCUAUUAGAAAAUUUGUCUCAGUUUUUAUGGGCAUCAUUGCAUGAAGGAAGCAGAAGUUUACGUGAAGUGAUACUGCAUAUUUUUGUUGCAUGCAUUCCCAUAGGUUUUUAUGACUACCAUCCAUUCCUCCUCAAGUUCUGUUUCCUAAUCUGUGAUUAAAAACAACAACAACAACAACAAAAACAAGUUUAAACAUAAAAAAGGAAAUAUCACAGAAAAUGUGACUCUCAAUGUGAUUUCAGUCAUCAAUAAGCACUGAUCAGUAAUGCUACACUGAUCAAAGUUGCAGAUUGCUCUAGUUUUUCCCUUUUAGAAUCAGUGUACCAAUAGUUUUUGACCUAUGACUUGAGAAGAAACUUUUCAUUGAAGGAUUUUAUUAAAUAGUGGUAUAUGAUACCUGCUGUAUCUAUUUUUUUCUUUAACUUUUAAUGCUUCUGAGUGGAAUUCAAAAUGUCAGGCAUAAAAUUUUCUUGUGCUGAAAAGAGAAAGUGGUUUUUUAUUUUGUUUUAAUUUUGCUUUUUUAUUCCAGAAAUAAGUGAAAACAUGUUACUUGGCAGUAAAGUGUGGUAAUAUGACAAGCCUUAUUCCUUUCUGCAUGUGAAUCUAGGAGAUUAUUCAUAACCACAUCAGUAACCAAAUAGGUGUUUUAAACUAUGUGCCUAACAAGCUGUGUUUCCCACCAAAGAUUCACAAAGCGAUGCCUGAGAGAAAUGUUUUAAUUAAUUGUGGAGAAAAUUUAUGGUUCUUAUGAUUAAUUUUGUGAUGACUAAAACUGUGGAAGAGAGUGAAUUAUCCAUUAAUUAUAAUUAAAAUUCUCACCGUUCAGAGACAGUGGGACAAUACAACAUAAUCAAAGCUCAAUAUUAUUAACUUAACAGAAGUUAUAUACAAAAAGCUGAUUUCUUGCUUUUGUGGGUCCUUUGUAAGUAUAAGUGUCUGUAAUUUUUCAUGGAUCAGUUAAGUCCAUUUGAGAAAGUAUAUGGUUGUAUCAGUUUCUUUCUAAUAUAAAUUGAUACCUGUAAUAAUAUUGAGCUCCCUGAAGAAAAACAUGCACGCGAUUAGCCUCCUCACCUACUCCACACCCAUCUCUAUGACGUUUGAAAUGUGUGUUUGGAAAUGACGGUCUGUUGUUUAAUAUACUCGUGGCAUUGUUGGAUUUUCUGAGUGUCUAAGGAAAUUCUGGAAUAGUACUUUCUUAGUGUUUCAUUUAACCUAUGAUAUAAAGUGAAAUGCUAUUCUGAGCAGUUCAGUGUUGUUCAUUCAUAUUGACCUGCGUCUCAUCUUUGCAUGUGUUAUGUUUUCAAACAUGCCAUAAGAAAAACAAGUGUUUGAAAUGCAUGAUUUAUUAGUUUCUCUCAACGCUCGGCAUUAAAAUACUAAUGAUUUAUCA